AUGGCUAUAGAAGUCGUUGUGUUUCUGUCUGUGAUGUGUGCGUGGUGUUUCCUCAGUGGAUUCACCGUGAUGGCUGUCAGUGCGCAACCCACAGUGACCGCGUGGAUCGUAACACCGGAGAGGAAUCAAAAGAUAGGCGGGAGCGUUCAUAUGAGAUGCGUGGCCAAUAACCUGGAAGCAGAUCACAUCGUAGAGUGGAGGACUGAGAACCCAAUCAACACACUGAGAUGGGGUAAUGUAACUAAUGCAGGAGGACAUGACCCACGAUUACUAUUCGAGACGAAGCAGACAGGCCUGAGGGAAAUUACUCAAGAAUUCAACAUCACUAACUUGCAACCGAGUGACACUGAUGAAUAUGUUUGUAAUGUCAAUGGCCUCAUAUCAAGUGGAGGACACAGAACUCUGGCCACAGCCAGGAUCACACUGAGAGUGUACCCGUCCAGUGAGUCCUUCCCUAUCUGCUCCCCCGAUGGACCCAUUACAGCAGACACCGGGUCAGAGUUGAAUAUGAGAUGUUCAUCUGAUACCGGCAACUCACCAAUCACGGUAUCUCAACUCACCUCAUUGCCCAACAUGUACUUGUCAGAAUGGCGUGUUUUAAAACUCUUCAAUGGUACAUUGUUCAGGUCAUUAGAUUUGACACUUGAUAUCACCGAUGACAAUCUGACAUUCGAAUGCAUCAUCUUCUCAAUGGCUUAUGCUAGUCUGUCACAUUCUUGUUUUGUUGGGCCCAUUCAUGUAAGAGUUGGGACAUUAUCUCCAACUGGACUCACAACAGAAAUCUUGGCGUCAGAAACGCAGACUGCGACAAUACAAACAACAAUAACUGGAGAAGAAACAGGGCAGUCUGAAUUCAACAUAGCUCUGGUUGCAGGUGCAUCGGCAGGUGGAUUCGCUGCACUUGUCCUCAUCCUGAUCCUAAUUCUGUUUUGCGGCAAGAAAGGCCUCUGUGCCACCAAAACAAAGCCUCCGAGACACAAUAGCGAUUUGAUGACCGCUCUGACAAAUGCUGAUCUCAGAACUGAUGAGUUAAAUGCAUACGAUGAUCAUGGAAUUGUUAGCCUAGGUAAUCAUGGAGCUGAUGACGUCAACAUCCGUCAAGAUACAAGUGACGUCCCCAUGUACGCAAAUCCAAGAGAACCUCCCAACACAUCUCAUUCUACCAAUACACCUAAACCAGCGACAGUGCAAGACGAGAACACGGCUACACCUGUGUACGCUAAACCUCACCAGACGCAGCCUCCAGGACUUGUUGGUCCAAGGAAUCAUGGAGUUGAUGACCUCAACAUUCGUGAAGAUGCAAAUGACGUCCCCAUGUUCACAAAUCCAAGAGCAGAUCCCAACGUCUUUCAGCCUGUCAGAACACCUGCAUCGGCAACAGGACAAGCCGACAGCACGAUUGCAUUAUACGCUAAACCCCACAAGACACAAACACCGAAGCAAGGUGAUGACGGAGUUCACAUCCCAGCCCCAACCCAGUCAGAGCAGAGGUACAGCACCCCUACCUUUGAUUCUACCUACCCAGAGAGCACCACUGACAGCAUGCCUCGUAAGCCGACGGCCAAGGUCCCUCCGAUGAUGAAAGUCCCCAAGAAACCACCUGCUUACAAACCCAAACCACAGCGUACAAGCAACCCCCAUGACAGCUCCUCUCACCAGCCACCUGUUACCCUAGGAGCUACCGUGGAGAGUGGCCAAGUUGGUGGGAGUGAUAAGGCACAACCACCGCCCAGUGACGUGGUUUCGUACGCUCAGAUCUCAACACCAGGGAACCAGUGUGCAGCCAAGCCCAGUCAAGACCUAUUGCCUGGGCAGUCAGGCAAAGAUCACAUCGUCUAUGCUGAUUUAGUCUGCUCCGCCUGCUGA